AUACAUUGGAAAAUCAGACUCCAUCACGAUCAGUGUGUGGAAUCACAAGAAGAUUCACAAGAAGCAAGGGGCUGGGUUCCUGGGCUGUGUCCGCCUUCUGUCCAACGCCAUCAACCGCCUUAAAGAUACAGGCUACCAGAGACUAGACUUGAACAAGCUGAGUCCCAACGACAGUGACACAGUCAGAGGCCAGAUCGUGGUGAGCCUGCAGUCUAGGGACCGGAUAGGCACGGGAGGCCCUGUGGUGGACUGCAGUCGGCUGUUUGACAAUGAUCUUCCAGAUGGAUGGGAGGAGAGGAGGACUGCGUCUGGACGAAUCCAGUACUUGAACCACAUCACACGCACCACGCAGUGGGAGAGGCCUACCAGGCCUGCGUCAGAGUACUCCAGCCCUGGCCGGCCACUCAGCUGCAUCGUGGAUGAGAACACGCCUGUCAGUACGAACGGGGCCACGCCCACCACAGUGCUGCCACCCAGCGACGGUGAUCACCGGGCCCAGGAGAGACGGGUCCGCUCGCAAAGGCACCGCAACUACAUGAGCAGAACCCACCUGCACACGCCCCCGGAUCUGCCUGAGGGAUAUGAGCAAAGGACCACGCAGCAAGGCCAAGUGUACUUCCUCCACACUCAGACAGGUGUCAGCACGUGGCACGACCCCCGAGUACCCAGAGAUCUGAGCAAUGUGAACUGUGAGGAACUGGGUCCUUUACCUCCGGGAUGGGAGAUCCGCAACACUGCCACCGGGAGAGUUUACUUUGUCGACCACAAUAACAGAACCACACAGUUCACAGACCCACGCCUCUCUGCCAACCUGCACCUAGUCCUAAAUCCAAGCCCUAAUGGUUCUCGAGGAGGCAUCGAAAGUCAGAAUGUCAGUCGUCAGAACCAGUUGAAGGAUCAGGCCCAGCAGGCUCUGGUGUCCCCCGCUCAACUUCCAGAGGAGGCAGAGUGCCUCACGGUGCCUAAGUACAAGAGAGACCUUGUUCAGAAGCUCAAGAUCCUCCGUCAGGAACUGUCCCAACAGCAGCCUCAGGCGGGCCACUGCCGCAUCGAGGUGUCCCGUGAGGAGAUCUUUGAGGAAUCGUAUCGACAGGUGAUGAAGAUGCGGCCAAAGGACUUGUGGAAGAGGCUAAUGGUGAAGUUUAGAGGAGAAGAAGGGCUCGACUAUGGAGGAGUGGCCAGGGAGUGGCUCUAUCUGCUGUCACACGAGAUGCUGAACCCGUACUACGGCCUGUUCCAGUACUCCCGCGAUGACAUCUACACGCUGCAGAUAAACCCAGACUCCGCUGUCAACCCUGAACAUUUGUCGUACUUUCACUUCGUGGGCCGUAUCAUGGGAAUGGCCGUGUUCCAUGGCCACUACAUAGACGGAGGCUUCACUCUGCCCUUCUACAAGCAGCUGCUGGGUAAACCUAUCACCCUGGAUGACAUGGAGUCUGUUGACCCCGACCUGCACAACAGCCUCGUGUGGAUUCUGGACAAUGACAUCACAGGUGUGCUGGACCACACCUUCUGCGUAGAACACAACGCCUAUGGCGAGAUCAUCCAGCAUGAGCUCAAGCCCAACGGUAAGAGUAUCCCCGUCACCCAGGACACCAAGAAGGAGUACGUGCGGCUCUAUGUCAACUGGCGUUUCCUGCGAGGCAUCGAGGCCCAGUUCCUGGCUCUGCAGAAGGGCUUCAAUGAGGUCAUCCCGCAACACCUGCUCAAGGCUUUUGACGAGAAGGAGCUUGAGCUGAUUGUAUGUGGCCUGGGUAAGAUCGACAUCAACGACUGGAAGUCCAACACGCGGCUCAAGCACUGCACUCCGGACACUAACAUCGUGAAGUGGUUCUGGAAAGCUGUGGAGUCGUUCGACGAGGAGCGCCGAGCUCGGCUGCUGCAGUUCGUCACUGGCUCCUCUCGAGUCCCUCUACAGGGCUUCAAGGCCCUUCAAGGUAAUAAGUCAACUUCAUUGUCAAGUCUGCGAAAUGUACGCU